CGUCACUUUGAGAAAUGCGGGCGAUAAGAUAAGCGGCGGCGAGCGGACGUAGCGAGAUGAGCAGGCAGUGGAGGUGUCCUGCUGCCAUGGAGUGGACGGCCUAAGCCAUGGGCAACGUGUGUCACCCCAAGCAAAAGUCGCAGCAGCUCACGGGGGCGGCCACCGAGGGAAAAUACAUCGCCACCGCCGUCCCCGACCUCGUCUCCGCCGCCGCCAGCAACAACAACAACGGACACCUGGAGAACAAAAAUUUCAUCAAGAUCGGAUCCAAGAAGGGUGUUUUGUAUCUGAACGAGCCGCAGGCCGACGAGUCGUCCGAUCCGGAGGAAGAGGCGGCCAAGAAGGCGGAAGAGGAGGCCAGGAAGGCGGAAGAGGCGGCCAAAAAGAAAGAGGAGGAAAAGAGGAAACGGGAGGAGCUAAAACGAAAGCAAGAAGCGGCCAAAGAGGAGCAGCGAAUACGGAAGCAGGAAGCAGAGGUCAGGAAGGCCGAGGAGGCGGCCAAGAAGAAGGAAGAGGCCAGACAGAAACAGGCCGAGGAGGAAGAAUUGAAGCGGCGGCAGGAGGAGGAAAAGCAGCGGCGGCUGGAAGAGGCGGCCAGGAAGAAUGAAGAGCAGCGCAAGUCGGAGGAGGACGCGGUGCAGCGCCUCAAGGAGCGCAAGGAGCGGCGCCGCAGCGACGACGCCAGGGCCAACACCUACAGCUUCAACCAACUGCAGCACAGCUACCAGAACGAGUUCCACAAAUUCCUGAUCAACAACACCCUGCUGGCCGUGCAGUUCGGCGACGAAAGUGAUCUCUUUGAAAAAGCGCGGAACGUCUGCAACUCGGACUUGCGUGAAAAUGAAAUGAACUCGCGCAUGACAGCGACGGGACACUUGAAGAAGGCCGUGGCGCCGGACGCCCUCCACGAACAACUGUCCCAAAUGAUCCGUUUUUUACCGGAGGACACGGCAUACUAUUCGAACGGGGUGCCCCUUCGGCCAAUCAGGGUGAUGAUCAGCCACGAGGACAUCCUAGUUCAGCAUCAGAUGGAAAACAUCUCCAGACCUUCCAGGAUCACAAGACUGUGCGUUGAGCAGGCCAAUAAUACGGACAGAAAACCGAGAAAAACUGGGUAUGUGCGCCUCUUGAGCAUGGAUUCGAAGAUCAGGUCGAGAAGUCUGGAGCGUGUGGCCGACGACCCGCAAGAGGGCUACCCUAGUUACAGCGACCCUGAAGACCACGGCACCAUUCCGGCCGCGGUUCGCGUGCCGGAGGCCAGUUCGUCCGACUCGGACGAGGGUGGCGAAAAACUGGCGCCGAUGAUCAGCUGGAACCUGAUGAUCGACCAGCAGAGGCCGUCGAUCAGCUCGAGGAGGAGUUCCAAGCGACCGAGCUACCCGACGCUGAACAGCAGCAGCAGCUCGUCUGGCUACAGGUCGGGAAGCACCCUGUCAGUGCCAAAGAGCAGCUACAGUAACUCAGACUCUGAACACAGCUACACGACGAUCGUCAGUCUGCACAGACACCAGUUGCUGGCCGAGCGAAGACUGCAGCUGGAGGGCGCCACUUCCAGGGUUGGCCUCCCGGUGAGCUGCUUCGCCAGCAAGACUGUGCCCAGUUACGACGAAAAGUCGGACCGGCUGUUCAAGACCAAGUACUACUUGAGCUCGACGGCUUUCAUGGACAAUUUUAGUGGGGUGUUCGCGGACAUGCUGGGCAAGGACUUGGGCUUCCUGCCCGUCUGGGUUGACGAGGCCACCGUGUACCGCACCACCAUCUCCGUCAAGACGACGCAGGACAGACUGGAGAUUAUUCCCACCGUUUCUUGCAAGCCACAAAACUGGCCCGAAAAGGCGGUUGAAUUCAUUCUGAGGAAUCGCGUGGAAGCAUUCGACCAGCGCACCCAGAAAAAAUACAAAUGGCCCUCGGAGGAGAUGAUCCGCGAGGUGACCUCCAAGGGCUACCAUAUGAUCCCGCUGGGGUACGUCCCCAGAAAGGGAUUCAACCCUGGCUUCGAACAGGAGUGGAGAAUCGAGUUUCCCGAGGCUGAGCGGUAUCUUGAGUCGCGUUUAAACGACACGCAGCUCCGCUGUUAUAUGUUCUGUCUGCUGCUUUUCCAAGUUUUCUUCAAACUGGACGGAAGUGUGACCGAGGACCAUCUUCGGCACGUCAUUUUCUGGCAGGCCGAAAAUCUCACUCUAGCGUGGGCCAAUUCCGAAAUGUUCAACAACAUUUUCGCCGUCUACAAAAGUUUAUACGAAAACCUUUCAAGAAAGGACAUGCCAAACUAUUUCAUCCGCAAAAGAAACGAUUUCCAGUCAAUACACGAAGCUCAUUUAGUGAAGGUGCAGAGGAAAUUGCACGAUUUUGUCCAUGAAAAUUCAUUUGGACACAUUAUCGCCGCCCUCCGCCGUCUGCGCUUAUCAGGAAUGGCACUUGGUCUCGAUCUGGACCGGCUCGUAGAGCUGAUCAAAACAAAGUCAACGCUUCUUUUGAUGAACCCUGAGCUGGGAACAAUGGUCACCACCGGCGAACAGACCCUGCCCCGGAGAAGAAAAGGGUCGGACGAAAGUGAAGGCUUGUGGGCUGACCUUCGCAGAGGCGGCGAGGACAGGAUGAAGAACUGGCGUCAGAAGGCGCACAAAGCUCUGGCGGAGGAGCGCCGGCAAGAACAGACCACAAAGUCAGUUCCAUCCAAGAAAGAACGCUCCCUGAUCGAGGUGGAUGUGCGGAAGAACUCCGUGUUUGAUGUGCUGCGCCGUCGGCUGAUCCUCGAGUUCUUCAUCGAGCACUUUGUCAAAAUGGUGCAGAAUUCUGGGGGUCAAAAGUUGUCAUUAGAAUUAGUGAAUCACGCCAGAAAUCUCGUUUUUCUGUACUCGGAGGAAUUCAGUGAUGACGACGGCCGCGUCGAAGAGUGGAGGCAGCAGUUGAAGCGCGUCCGGAAGGUGCAGAAGCGCGAGCAGCAGCGGCGUCAGCGCGGCCCCAUGGAGCUGCCGUCCGACGUGACCGAGAACUGGACCCUGCAGAGCGUCGAGGUGGAGAUUUGGAAGGGCCGCAGACUCAUGAUGGACGCCCCACCCACCAUGGUGCUGCACCGCACGGAAGAAGAGUCCGAAAUGGUCUCCACCGACGACACCGAGUUGUGAUCGUCGUCGUUCAAAGUGAUCUGAGAGUGGACUGAGACUUGAGAAACUUUUGUAAAUUUGCUCUAAUUCCUCCAGGUAAAGCGUAGAUUAGUGCACCAAAAAAUAAAUUACAACAGAUUAAAUAUCUGAUUUGGUAAGAGCCCUAAUUUAUUCCAAUAUAAAGGAAAUUGAAAUUUUAUGUUUCAUAAUUCAUGGAUUUUGCUAAAACAAAUUUUGUUUAAAAAGCUUAAAAUAUUUAGUGUUUUAUGUUUUAAAUAACAACAGCAAACUAUAAAUUGCAAAAAAAUUAUCAGUUGAUUCUAUUAUUAAGAAAUGUGAAGAAUAAAUUAUUUUAACGUAUUUUA